AUGGCUAAAGAGUCAGAUGUUUCCAAAACUGAAGUAGAGGGGAAUGAGGAAAUUUUAGAUGAGUCCACAACUGCUCCUCAAACCUCUAUUGCUGAGCCCACUGCUGUUGGUGAUCACAGCACUACAACCACUGCUAUGAAACCCCCACCAACAAAACCCAAAAAGACCAAAACAAAAUCCAAAAAGCCCACCGAAACCACAAAAACGGGUCCUCUUGAAGAUGAGAUCCCAGAGGAUUUGAUAGAGAGGAUAUCCAACUUGGAAACAAUUGUUGCUGAUAUGAAAGAUCAAUUGAAGCAGUUGGUGGAUGCUUUCAAAAGUCGACCUUCUCAUCAGCAGUUAUGCCAAGAGCUUUGGAAUUCAAUACAACCCAUUCUUACAGCUCAAAGGGAACUGGCUGAGAUUCAACUUAAUUCCCACAUGAAGCUAAUUAGAGUUAUGGUUGAAGCAAGAUACAAAGACACACAUGCUGACAUCAAGGGCAUAAAAGAAUGCAUUGCAAAGUUAACUGGUACUACCCCUGCACCUGUGUUUGAAAAAGACAAUGAAGAUGAUGCUGAAAAAAGGGAAAAGGAUUCCAUGAAAAACUUUGGCAAACCAACACCAAGGAAUCAGCCAAAACUAAAUCUAAAGCCUGCCAAGCAAACUUCUUCAAAAUCUUCUGGAAAAUCUGAUACUAGUAAGAAAAAGGGAAUUAAUGAUACCCUUAAUAAACAAACAGAUAAGGAGAUUGAACGAAAGAAGAAGAGGAAGGAUACAAAAGAGGAAGACGAAGUGCUCAACAUUGGAACCUCAAAUAGAAGAAAAUCACACAAACAUAACAAAUCUCCUAUUGUCAUAUUUCCUAAACCAAUAUCACCACCAGAAAAACCAACCACUGCUGCGAAACUUAAAACAACUGCUGAACCUAAGAAGCCAGAUUUUGAUACACCUAAACCAAAACUCUCACCAGAAAAAACCACCUGUCAAAAAGCAGAAUACAAAAUCCUCAUCACCACUACCAACCUCCACUGA